GACUGAAUGUCUUGCCCGCUUCCAUACCAAUAAGCAUAAUGUAAGGCGGCUCUUACCUCCCUGAUUUCCCCCUCUUCCUUCCAUAUAAAAUAGUGAAUGAAUUAGUAUUUUAUUUUCCCCCAUUACAUAAAAAGAUGUCUUCAAUAACUACGAAAGAAGUUUUUGGCUACGCUAAAGAUGGGACGACCGUUGAGAGAAUAACAUUGAAGAAUGCUUCUAGAUCUGCUGAAGUUGAAAUAUUGACUUUUGGAGCUAUUAUAUCAAAAAUUAUAGUUCCUGAUAAAAAUGGUGACAUGAAAGACAUUGUGCUUGGCUUUGAAAAUGUUAAAGGAUAUGAAGAUCAAGAUUUGUACAUUGGUGGUAUAAUUGGCAGAGUGGCUAACAGAAUUGCAAAUGGGCAGUUUACAAUUGAUGGAACCACAUAUAAAUUAGAUGUUAAUAGUGAUCCAAACACUCUUCAUGGAGGUUUUAAUUGUUUUGAUAAGGUGCACUGGAAACCUUCUAUUGAUGGGUCCAAAGUAUCAUUGACAUAUGUUAGUCCUUGUGGACAGAGUGGUUUUCCAGGUGAACUGACCAUCACUGUGACCUAUGAACUUACUGAUGACAACUGUCUCAAAGUUGACUAUAUGGCUACCACGACAAAAGCAACACCAAUUAAUCUCACCAACCAUGCUUAUUUCAAUCUUGGUGGACAUGGAAUAGGUAACCUUUCAAAGCAUUGGUUAAUUGUUCCUGCAAAUCAUUACCUACCUGUUGAUAAAAACUGCUUGGUAACAGGAGAAAUUCGACCUGUUGAUGGAACACCUAUGGAUCUAACAAAAAAAGUUCUUCUGAGUGAAAAAUUCAAAGAACUUCCUGAUGGUUAUGACCAUACAUAUUGCUUUGGAAAUCUUGAGAAAAAACUGAUAGCUUUGGUGUGGCAUGAAGAGACUGAACGAAGCCUCAAAGUUUGGUCUACCCAACCUGGAGUGCAUGCGUACACUGGUUAUUUCCUUAAUGGGCCAGUGGGUAAAGACGGUGCAGUCUAUAAAAAAUAUUCUGGACUUUGUUUGGAAACACAACACUAUCCUAAUAGUGUUAAUGAACCUAAAUUUCCAAAUACAGUUUUAUACCCUGGGGAGACCUUUCGGCAGACAACUUGGUUCCAGUUUGGUGUUCUCAACGAGGUCCAGUACAACAGCCUAAUCAGUCAAAUUUAACCAUACCUGUUUAAACUUAAAUCAUUUAUAUGAGGGCAAAGCACUAGAAAAACUAAUUUGAUGUUUCAUUUUUUAGCAGGGUUAAAAUAUUUAGCAGGGGUUAAAAUAACUAAUUCAUUUAGGUUUUUCAUUUUGUAUACUCAAAUGGCAGUAAGUUUGGUCUGGGUUUAAUUUUUAAAAUGAAAAAUGGAAGAUAUAAAGAAAAUUUAUCAGUUGCCUAAAUUCUGCAUGUACUGUGUGUGUGUGUAUAUAUAUAUAUAUAUAUAUAUAGCUAUACAUACAUGCAUAUAUAUAUUUUUUUUCUUAUUUCAGUCAUUUGAUUGUGGCCAUACUGGGGCACUUCUUUGAAGGUUUUAGUGGAUAAAUUUGUUUUUAGUGGAAUAAGUCUGUUUUUACCGAACUGCUAAGUUAUGGUGGACAUAAGCAAACACAAACAUAGUUUUAUAUAUAUAUAUAAUGUCUUGCUUUCCUGAGCCUGGACGUAUUAAAGCUCUGGCAUCUGCCAACUGACUUGGUAUACAUCCACAAGAUUAUCCACCAUUUUUCUAACAACAACAACCUUGGGCACCUUUUUGAAUUAUAUGUCUAACACUCAUGGACAUGCUUACAAAAUCAAAAGACAACACAGUACAUAUAACUUUUGGAAACGUUUUCUUAUGCUCAGAAUUGUUGAAGCAUGGAAUAAACUACCCACAUCAGUUGUUAGCUGUCAGGAUACCUAUUUCCUUCAAAAUUUCCAUACUUCCUGAGAUUUGCCAACAGUACGCGAUGCACCCCCCCUCCCACCUUUUAAAUUACUCAUUUGCUGUUCACUGCUUGUACAUACUCUAUGUACUAUUAGAACAUGUACAAGAACUGAGCAGUGAAUGAGUCCUUAAAAAAGGCUGUAGAGGCAUCAGGUGUAUUGUUUAUGCAGUUUUGGCUACUUUUUGUGAGGAGUUGUAGUGCACCUGAGCAUGGUAUAUAGUUUCUUUCCCCCAGAUCCACUCACAAGGCUUUGGUUGACCUGGGGUUAUAGUAGAAGACACUUGCUCAAGGUGCCAUAUUGUGUGACUGAACCCCAAAACACAUAGUUGGAAAGCAAACUUGUUAAACACACGACCAUGCCCGCACCUUAUCCAUAAGCUUAAAACAUUCCUUUAAAUUAAUUUUUUUUAGUGCUGACAUGAUUUGUGCUAUAUCUCCAUGUUAAAACUUUAGAUUUUGAUGUUGUAUAUGCAAAACAAUGAAAAAUGAAGAAAAUGAAAAUUUUAUCCUUAUAUAUUUUUUUAAAGCAUUGAAAAACUUUUUUCUGUAUUUGUGACCAUUUAAAGAAUGUAAAUUUUUCCUUUUUAUCCUGAAGAGCAAAUGUAACAAAUCCAUAUUGUGGUUGCAGUAUAUAUGACAUUGUAAAUGUAGUAACUCUUUGGUUUUCUCAACUGUUGAUUUGUCCUCUGCCAAUAUCUGUGAUAUUUGCUGUCAGAUGAAAUGAUUAUUCAUUUACUCUUGAGAAUCACAGACAAUUGAAGUCAGGGAUAUAUCUAAGGGAGAGAACUACUUUGUUAACUGGGCUACGCAUAAAAUAUUCCAAAGAAUCCAUGCUAAGUUUAAUUAAAGUCAUUAAAAAGUUAUAUACAAAAUAUUUUUUUAAAUCUUAUGUUUUUACUGGAAUCAGUAAUAAAAACUACAAAAAUCUAAAGGACAAAAUUUCAUUCAAUAAUUAUUUUAAGAUUUAUCCAACUCAGCUCAAUUAACCCAGUUCUCACACCUUGCCUGUGAUGGUUCAUUUGUUCAAUGAUAAAAUUUUCAUCCCAAUUU